CUCGAGUCGGGAAUUGUCCAGCGCCAUGGGUCGCAUCCCCGCACAGGACCCGGGCGAGGUUGCUGCCGCCGCGGCGGCGGCGGCCACCGCAGAUGCCCUGGCCAAGGUGAAGGCGGCGCAGCAGCAGAAGGAGGCCGGCACCGUCACGGUGGAAGUCUUUCCGGGAGAGGAGGCGAAGCCGGUCGCGAAGGGUCCAUCGGCUCGAUUUUUCAUCCGUGGCCUUGGAUCCUUGGGAGAACACCAUGUCAAGGACUACUUCGGGAAAUUCGGAGAGGUCGUUGAGGCCACCUUAGUCCGUGACAAGAAGACCCAGCGCCCGCGGGGCAUGGCCUUUGUGAGCCUCGUGCCACGGGAGGGCGGUAGUGUGGACGACUUGAUCGAAACCGUGGCAGGUGCUGAUAGUCAUAGCAUCAAAGGUGUCGAAAUCGAAGUGCAGGAAGCCUUGCCCAAGCCGGCUGAGGAGAAAGCGCCAGAGGUAGAAGAGCCCAGUGAGCAAGCGCCAACCCCUAAAGCGCCAGAGGAGGCCUUGCCAGCGGUGGACCCGGUGGCGCAAGCCAAAGCGCAGGCCCAAUGGCAGAUGCACUACUUGGCGAUGGCCAUCAAUUUGUCUGUGCCCGACAUGGGGAAAGGGGGCGGAAAGGAUGGUGGCGGAAAAGGUCGCUCGGCACCGUACUGAGGAAGAAAGUUGUCGUUGUUUCACGCCAGGAACCCUGAAUCCCGAACGAAAAAGUGUUAUUGUUAUUCCG